UCAGCAGUAAUAGCAGUCGCUGCACUCCCACAAUCCCGGGAGAUAAAGGGGAUCAGUCUGAAAGCAGAGGUACUCACUGCAUCUCUCCCCUCCUGCUCUCUCACAAACAUCCAUCCAUUUAGCCUACACGGGCUAUUCCUUUCCUUUUAUUCCCAGACCCCCACCACGUUCAACUCUCAGGAGGGAGGAGGAGGAGGAGGUGGAGAGAAGGAAGACAGAGAGAUGCAUCUUGUUAGUUGGUGCUAGAAGGAAGCCCCUAGCCCUUCUUUUGAAAGCACUGUUUUCCCUGUCUGAGGGUGCAUGUUUGGUUGCCAGUGCACCAAGGAGAAGGGGACUAUGAAAAUGAACCGUUUGAGGACUGCUAGUUUGAGAUCCUUAAAUUUUGACACGAAAUGCACCAUCCGUCUGCUGGAUGACUCCGAAUUAUCAUGCAAUAUUCAGAGGGAAACCAAAGGCCAGUUUCUCCUAGACCAUAUCUGCAAUCAUUACAGUUUACUGGAAAAGGACUAUUUUGGGAUCCGAUUUGUUGACCCAGAGAAGCAGCGGCACUGGCUCGAUCCCAACAAACCCAUUGCCAAGCAAAUGAAAUCUCAUCCACCAUACACCAUGUGCUUUAGAGUGAAAUUCUACCCGCAUGAACCCUUGAAGAUUAAAGAAGAGCUCACCAGGUAUCUUCUUUACUUACAAAUCAAACGAGAUAUUUUCCAUGGUCGUCUGCUCUGCUCUUUUGCCGAUGCUGCAUUCCUGGGUGCCUGUAUUGUCCAAGCUGAAAUUGGAGAUUAUGAUCCUGAUGAGCAUCCUGACAACUACAUCUGUGACUUCAAAAUAUUCCCUAAACAAUCUCAGAAGCUGGAGAGAAAAAUAACGGAUAUCCAUAAAAGUGAACUCAGAGGUCAGAGCCCAGCUGUUGCUGAAUUCAAUUUGCUAUUGAAAGCACAUUCCCUGGAAACUUAUGGCGUUGACCCUCAUCCUUGCAAGGACUCUACUGGGACCACAACCUUUUUAGGAUACACUGCCGCGGGGUUUGUCGUUUUUCAGGGCAAUAAGAGAAUACAUCUUAUAAAAUGGCCUGAUAUCUGCAAGCUGAAGUUUGAUGGAAAAACAUUUCAUGUGGUUACACUGCAGAAGGAGAAAAAAAAUAUUUUAACCUACCAUACCUCGACACCAGCAGCCUGUAAGCAUCUGUGGAAAUGUGGGGUUGAAAACCAGGCCUUUUACAAAUAUGCAAAAUCAAGUCAAGUGAAGACCAUGACAAGCAGCAAUAUCUUUUUCAAAGGGAGUCGGUUUCGGUACUGUGGGAAAGUCGCAAAAGAAGUCAUAGAGGCAAGUUCGAAAAUCCAGAGGGAUCCUCCAGAGGUACAUAGAUCUCUCAUACCUCACAGUCGCAGCUCCUACUCGUUAAAUAAACAACUUAUUAUCAACAUGGAGCCCCUCCAGCCACUUAUUCCAUCCCCAAGUGAAGAAGAUGAAGAAGAAACUCCAUUAGAUGAAGGUGUCCUCAUCUCACAGCAGAAUGAUGCCAGCUCUGCCCCAGUACUUGGCAGCUCUCCUGCCAGAGAAUUAGAGUCAGUGCCUGACAUUAGAAAUGAUGAGGAAGAUGGCAUACAAGAGGAACCAUUAACUAUUUCAGAGCAGGUGUAUAACCCCAGCGCUAGCUUGUUACCCACCCCAGUAGAUGAAGGAGUUGAAAUGCUCUUUAACAGCCCCAUUAGGGCAGAACACGAUAGAGAUGAUACGGAUUCUUUUGAGGAGCUAGAGGCAGAUGAACAUGCAUUUCUGAUUGCAGAGGAGGAAGAGAUGAAGGAAGCAAGGAAAGCACUGAGUUUGAGCUACAAUUUCCUCAUGGGGAACAUGCAGCUGAAUGCAUUUCUGAAGAGCUUUUCUCGACUGAUAGCGGUGGCUUUGGGGUUACUCCUUGUGCUUCUUCCUUUGAUUCUCGUCCUGCUGGAGUCCAACAUAGACAUUUCUUUCCUCCAUGAAAUCCGACAGACGCCAGAGUUUGAGCAGUUCCACAAUGAUUACUACUGUCCUCUUAGAAAGUGGAUAGCGUGUAAAAUCAGUGCAGCGCUUAACUUCCACAGCUCUUAAACAACAAAAAUACUUAACAGCUGAGGGUUAUAUUCAUUAUUUCUUUCUGACUAUAUCAUUAAUAUCUCUAGUAAUAAUAAUAAUUACAAAAAACCUUAGGAGCUUUUUGUUCAUUUUUCAGGAUCCUUAACACUUACAUUUUUCUGUACUGAUUGAAAUAGUACAAACAUUUUACCAAAAACAAGGGCGUGCAAUGUAAAGUUUAUACCUUUUUUUUCCCUUUAUACUGUAUAGCUGUAUAGUUGGAAGUUAUGUAGAUAUUUUUGGUUGUGGAUGUUAUGUUGAUGUGGAAUAAACUGCACAGGAAAAACGCUGAAAUGUCUAUGGCCGUAUAAGGAAGAUCACUUUUUUUGAAUAUAAACCUCAGUGCAUUAUUCCUUUAACCCCUUAGCUGCCAGAGUGGUCUGUAACACAUAACAAAAUAACGUAUGGAGCUGAUCUCUCUGGAUAGGGAAAGGGUUAACUGAUGCCUAUACGAGUGACAUUUUUGCUGUUUUUAUUUUUCUUAACUUUUUAUGUGUUCGGAUAUUUUGGUAAAUUUGUAGCAAAGAAAUAAGUCUUCAUAAAUUCUUUAAUUGUACAGAUUGAAAAGAUUAAUGCACAAGAGCAUGUUGAGAUUAUUAUUAUUUUUUAUGUAUGGCAAUAUUUUAUUUUCUGACCUUUUGGUUUUGUACUAUGGUUGUCUUGUUUCUGGACUAUUACAUGAUGUGUGUACAGGUGUAGGAAAAUAAGAUGAAACAAAAACCCAAAUGUAUCAACACAUAUAUCGAAGGAUAGAGUAAAAAUAGAUUUGUGAAAUGCAAUGUUUUUAUAUUUAUUACUUUUUAAAGAAAAUAUGUUAUGACUUAAUCCUACCUUAUUUGUGAUUUCCCACAAUGAGCUGCAAAUUAC